AUGGAUAAGCCCACUAUGCAUAUGCUCUCCGUCCAGGAGAAGGCCGGCGAGACCAAGAGGACUAAUCAGUACAUUGCUGCAGUAGCAGCGGCGAUCGGUGCUGUGAUCGCGGGAACUAUCCUCGCAUGGACUUCACCGGCCCUGCCCCAACUCGAGCCGCCGAAGAACACCACGACUGGGAACAGUACCAUCAACAACGUCACUAUCAUAAACGUCAUCGCCACCAACGUGUCUGUCGCAAAUGGCACCCCACCAGUCUUAAUCAAUUCGUUAGGACAACCGGCAGAUUUCUUACUGGAUACAAAAGAAAGUUCCCUCGUUUCUUCGAUCUUGGCAAUCGGCGCAGCCGUAAGCGCUCUACCAGUAGGAGUGCUGGUUCAGCGUUUUGGAAGAAGACCAACGAUCCUACUCCUAGCUAUACCAUUUAUGAUCAACUGGCUUUUGACAAUCUUCGCCAAUGGCGCUGGCAUGCUGAUCGCUGCUCGGUUCUUCGCAGGUCUUGCUACUGGUGGCAUUUGUGUAACAGCACCAAUGUAUAUCGGAGAAAUAGCUGAAACCUCAAUACGAGGAUCCCUCGGUGCCUUUUUCCAGCUGUUCCUCACCGUGGGCAUCCUAAUUACGUUCGUUAUUGGCGGCUGGACACACUGGAGGACGUUGUCUAUCAUUUCUGCAGUGUUGCCGCCCUUGCUGGUUGCUGUUUUCUGGUGGAUGCCUGAAACCCCACAAUACUUAUUAAGCCGGAACCGACGUCGUGAUGCUGAGAAAGCUUUGCGAUGGCUACGAGGUCCCGACGCAGACCUCACCAGCGAACUUGAGGACAUGCAGAAAGAUGUUGACGACGCUUCCCGCCAGCGCGCCGGAAUGCUCAGCAUGGUCACUAACAAAGCCUCCCUAAUGGCUCUCAUCUGUUCUCUCGGCUUGAUGUUCUUCCAACAGUUCAGCGGGAUAAACGCUGUUAUUUUCUACACAAACAACAUUUUCCAAUCUGCGGGCUCCGACAUCCCCCCAGCGAUCGCAACAAUCAUAGUUGGAGUCGUCCAAACUAUCGCCACUUACAUCUCUUCUUUGUUAGUUGAGCGAGCUGGCAGAAGAAUCCUGUUGCUCCAAAGCUGUAUUAUCAUGGGCAUCUGCUUGAUCAUUCUCGGUAUCUACUUCAAGCUCCAAGUAGACGGUGUUAACCUUUCUGUUGUCGGUUGGAUUCCGUUAGUUUGUUUGGUGUUGUUUAUAAUUUCGUUCUCCUUGGGCUUCGGUCCGAUACCUUGGAUGAUGAUGGCCGAAUUAUUCUCGGUCGAGUACAGGGGGUCUGCGUCUGGUAUUGCUGUGAUUGUGAACUGGUGUUUGGUGUUUAUCGUCACGUUGUGCUUCCCGCUGAUGAAGGACGCGAUUGGUAUUUACAGCUGUUUCUGGUUCUUCGCUGGAUUUAUGGUGAUCUGUAUAUUCUUCGUCUUCUUUUUAAUACCCGAGACAAAGGGAAAAACUGUAUCACAAAUUCAGGCUAUUCUUGGUGGGAAGAAAAUUUAA